GAAUGCACAACUUGUGCAUUUAGCUGCAUUUCAGAAGCAUACGAAUAUACAGAGCAACUGGCAAUAAAUGUGACUUCAGGAGCAAAAGGUGUGUGCACAGCUAGCUGUUUUUUCCUACAUUUUGGUCGAAUUAUUCUGGUGUGUUGCUUGGCUGGUAAGGAUGUGGUGAUAGAGAUCAAUUUCAUUGCUGAUCAUGGAGGUCUCAAAGGACAUUUACAUUGUUUCAUCGUGGGGCCUCAGAGCUUCCCCCUUGAUUCCUAAGGAAGGGAUACAAGAAAUAAUCGGCCCUGUAUGUGGGCUUAACGUAAUCGAAUCUUAAAGUGAUUAUGGAAUGAUAGUGGGAUAAACGUGUUUAAAAUUAGAGUUAUGUUCGGCAUUCUGUAAAUUUCAAUAUCCCAGAUAUGAUGGCAAGGGAGUUUUUUGGGGGAUUUUUCGUUAUGUUUUGGGGUUGGGGUAUUUCCACUUGUUUGUUUGGUAUUUUGUUUAAUGUUUUUCUGUACAUGGUCCAAGUUCAUCUGAGUUUGUGUAAAAGUAUUAAUUUUAAAAGUGGUUGAGUGGUGUUCUUUUGGUGGUGGGGUCAAGCUUUUGCUAUGUACUCAUAUUGCAUGGUUUUCCCUUAAAUUUCCAUUGGCUUGUGGAAGUGACCCAAAGCCCUUAUCAGAGCAGCAGGGUGAGAGCAGCAAUUGAGAUGAGCGUGUUGGAAGGCUCAGCAGCAGGGUGCACAGAGGCACAGUGGCAUCAGAGGAGUCAGCCCCGGGCUGUCCCUGGGGAGCCACCAGCCCCACUGCCCAUGUGUGACGUGCAGCAAGAGCAGUCCCCAGGAGGGCUCUCGGGAACAGCUCACAAGAUCGAGGGCUAACUGCCUAGGGAACCUGGAUCACAUGGGAUGCAAGAGAAAAGCGUCUUGUGACUGCACAAAAUUAUGGGGUGCUCCUGGGAGGGGCUAGAGGAAGGUGGUUUCAGGAGGAACAAGUAUGGGGAAAUAAAAGGGCCUGGUCAGUCUGUUUGACUGUGUCCUAGGCCAGCUUGCCACAGUGUGUCCCCUUUUCUCAUUAAGGUGCCUUUCUAGCUGUUCUGCUGGGCCAGAGGACUCUGCCCUAUUCUGUGUGCAUACUGAGCUCUAAGUGAUGCUGGAGAUGGUGUAAGUUGUAGGGAUCUCUGUGCCAGCAGCUGGAGGGACUGCAGUGAGCGAGGCCCUAAUGCCCAGGAGCUGUGAGCCACAGGGGCUCGUGUGCCUGCAGUGCCCCUAGCAGGGAGAGUGGAGUGCGUGGGCACAGCCUUGGCAAGGAUGCCGGCCUGUGCUUGCUCGUGAGUAUCACACAGGGCCAGGCAGUGAGCAGGAUUAAGAGGCUUGGGAGCCAGGCUUUGAGGCAGCUGUGAGCGUGGGACAGGUACCAGUGAGAUCAGAGGGUCAGUUUGACAAGGAGCAGGGCUCUGGGGGGGGUCUGAGGAUUUGAGGCUCAGCUGCUGACUAGGUUGAGGGUCUGAGACCAGGUACAGAGCGAUCCACGUUGUGUGUAUAUAUUCCCCAGCAGCAGGCCUUUGUCCCGGGCAGCUGUGGGGAGGAGCAGUGUAAGGCCAGGCCAUGUUUGUGUCUGCCUGAACACUUUUAUGUUAUGUUUGUGUCUGCAUGAACACUUGCUUUUAUUUGUGCUGAUCUCUGUGGUCAGCCAUGUGUAUUUGCAUCUUUGCAUGCACAGCUCUGGGAAUACAUCCUCAGCCUGGCUGGAUCUGGCACAUGGAGUUGCAGCAGCCUUGUUGUCAGUGGGCUGCCAGGUUCAGCAGCCCCUAACACAGGAAAAAUCGUUUUUCUGUAAGCUUGAAGAUGUAGAAAUUGUUGACUCAGGAAAACUAAAUUUAGAACCGAAUCUUCCAUGACUCUUACAUUGUGAUAGAAUUUGAAAGUAUUUCUUGUUUUGAUUGAUGUGAAUAGGGCUACCUACAUGAAUAUCUAAAUAUCUGUAUUUAUUUAAGCUUCCAUGAUAGAGCAGUGGAGCAUAAAUUAAAAUCAAACCUAGCCUUUUGUUGUAGGUGUUUUUUAACUCAAAAAGUAAAAAUAGACAUUUCCUUCUCUAAAUGUCAUAGACUUGUAGCAACACAAAAUGGUUUGAGUUGGAAGGAAGAAUGAACUUUUAAAAAUCAUCCAACUCCUUUUAAAGUCAACCCCCUGCCAUAAGCAGGGACAGCUCUCAUUAGCUCAGGUGGCUGAAAGCCUCAUCCAGCCUGGCCUUUAUUGUUUUGCUUGUCUUCCCCCAGAAUAAAUAUGUGUGUAGAAGAGAAUAUCAGCAAGGAGUGGGGAUGUUUAUCAUCUGACAACUGACCUUCCUUUUAGGCAUUUUCUGGUUCCUCUAGUGUAAUGCUGUAGUGUUAUUUUUGCUGUCAAGUUGAAAUACUCAAUUUAUGUGAAACAUCAAGUUUUCAUAAAAAAUGAAAAAUUUCUGUCCUGUUUACUGUUGGAGUUUAUAGACAUAUGGAUGUACAUCCACACAUGUUUAUAGUGACCCAUUCUUUUGGUAUAAAAUUGAUAGAAUGAUAAGCAGAUUAUUUUAGAUUGAAAACUGUAAUUAGAGGCAUUUGGUAUCAAAUAUGAAAUACAGCUACUACCUGCCCCAAGAAAUCCUCUUUGUGUGUGAAGUACUGCCAAAUCAGCUUCUGAUUUCCCAUGUGAUGGGUGUGCUUUUUCCAUUUUUCAGAAUUUCCAGCACAUUUAAUUUUUUUCUAUGGAAUUCAGUUGUACAUAAUUUCAUAAUUAAAUGAGCAGCAAUUAUUUUCAAGUUAUUUUCAUUUUUUUUUCUCUCCUAGCAAGAGUAAUUUUAACAGCUGUUGGAGCAGAUAACUGAAAUUGUAUGACAGAGAAACACCUAAUAUUGGAAAGUAGAACAGUGGAAACCUUUUCUUCUAGAAGGUGGUAUAGGUACCCUGUGGGCAUGUAUGGGUUUAUAUAUUUCCCCACUUUGAAUGUACCAAAAGAAGGCAUUGUUUUAUUUUGGCCAUCUCCCUGUGUAUAUUGCAGAUUUUGAGGGGACUUUGUGAUGAGAGAUGGGGAAAGCAAAAACAAACAAAAAUAAUCUUAGUACAGCAGAUCCUUUGCAUUGUCAUAGGCUGCUUGUGAGCAUGGGCUUUUUUUCUUUUUUUUGUUUUGGGUACCUGAUAAAAAUAUUUAUGUUUUCUUCUCAAUUUAGUUGUGUACAAGACAUUGGAAAUAAAGCUGUCAACCAAGUAAUUUUUUUAAGGUCUGGGUCACAAAUGAUUAGACAGUAAGUUUUUUACUUUGUGACAUGAUGUCUAAAGGCAAUCAUUUGUCUCCACUAAGAUGUAGUACUGAAUUUAGGGAAGACAGUAUGCAAUUUAAAAAUUGCCUAAUGUGCUUGUUCAUACUAAAGAACUACAGCUCCUUAUCAACCACAGUUAUAAUAAUUUAUAUAUAUAUAUAUGCCCUGUACACUCCUUGAUUUUUAUUUUGUACUCUGAGUUGCGUUUUCAAAUUUCUUUCCUUUUUCUAGCAGCGUGGAAAGAAAAGCAUUACCACAUGUAAGAGCUGCUUCACUCUCAAAUGUUCUUGAUCUGCAUGUGUACAGUGAAUGUGAUGGAUUUCUGAAAGUGCCAGCCCAACAAGAUGCACACACGUGUUCAGGAGACAGGAGAGCAGACAGAAAGCUGGAGUUUGGAGUGUGUGUUGCUGCGCAGUGAUUGAUGCCGCUUGCUUGGGGACAGGCUGUUUCCAUGUGUCACCUUCAGGAGAUGGCCUCUUCUAAGUCUUUGAUGAACCUUCUGACCUUCACUUUCGGCUCAGCAAUAGGAUUUUUUGUCUGCUACCUUCUGUUCAGCAUUAUACUAGAAGAACAGGUUAAGAUCCAGCCUCAUGUUCUUCACAAUGAUCCACAUGGUCAGCACUCAGCAGAUACUGACAACAAUCAGCUGCAAGGACAAAUGAAUUUCAAUGCAGAUGCUGGACAGCAUAAAGAUGAAGAUAAAAAUAUUGCAGAAGGACUGUAUCACAAAGUGAAAAUACUGUGCUGGGUCAUGACUGGACCUCAAAAUCUAGAAAAGAAAGCCAAGCAUGUUAAGGCCACUUGGGCCCAACGCUGUAAUAAAGUACUUUUUAUGAGCUCUGAGGAAAAUAAAGACUUCCCAGCUGUGGGCCUAGAAACCAAAGAAGGCAGGGAUCAACUGUACUGGAAGACUAUUAAAGCUUUUCAAUAUGUAUAUGACCAUUAUUUUGAUGAUGCUGAUUGGUUUAUGAAAGCAGAUGAUGAUACAUAUGUUAUAUUGGACAAUUUGAGAUGGCUUCUUUCAAAAUACAGUCCUGACCAGCCAAUAUACUUUGGGAGAAGGUUUAAGCCUUAUGUGAAACAGGGCUACAUGAGUGGAGGAGCAGGAUAUGUUCUGAGCAAAGAAGCUCUGAAGAGAUUUGUUGCUGCAUUUAAAACGAACAAAUGCACUCACAGUUCCUCUAUUGAAGAUCUGGCACUAGGAAAAUGCAUGGAGAUCAUCAAUGUGGAAGCAGGAGAUUCUAGGGAUACGAGUGGCAGAGAAACCUUUCAUCCGUUCGUUCCAGAACAUCACUUAAUCAGAGGAUACCUACCAAAAACAUUCUGGUACUGGAACUACAAUUACUAUCCUGCUGUAGAGGGUCCUGGAUGCUGCUCUGAUCUAGCAGUUUCAUUCCACUAUGUUGACUCUGUGACUAUGUAUCAUUUGGAAUAUUUGAUUUAUCAUCUUCGUCCAUAUGGGUAUUUGUAUAGGUACAAUCCUGAUUCAUCAAAGAAUCCAGAAGAGCAGAGCAAAAAUGAAGCACUUGAGAAUGAUCAAAAGCUAAAGCAAAAAUCUUCUGAGAGCUAAUUGGAGUUUGAAAAAGCCAAAAAGAAGGCAGUACCAUGAGUAAGAGUCUCCUCAAACUUGUGCAUGAAGCUUGCGGACUGAAAUAACUCCUGGCGAUUCUUAUUUCAAAAAUCAAGUUGGCAGCACUUCCAGUCACCCUGUGUACAGUAGAGUCUGGUGCUGGCUCUGACUGCUUGGGAUGUGACCUUGCAGCUCUGCCCACAAAGAUUUGGGGCCCUAAAGCUGUGAAUUUGGAGGUUGCUCUGCUACAAUAAUAUUUGGGAGAAUUUGUAUGAAAAUCAUAGUGGACAGGUUCAGAGAUGAUUGUACCCCAUUUCUGUUCUCCUCUAUUUCCUUUCCAUUAAGUCAGUUCUAAUACUAGAAAUUGGAUGCUGCCCAGUCAAACUGAUCAUGAUGACUUUCUGAAAUAUUCUCAACCUCUUGAAGUUACUUUCUGUAUCUUGCCCUAAAAGUAAGGCAGAGACAUGGAAUUAGAUUCUCCAGUCUGCUUUGCCUUAACAACAGAGUGGCAGAAUUUCACCCACAAGAUUAAUCUGAAUUGUUUGAGAAACAGAAUUCACUGCUAUGAAUUACUUACAAAGUUUUAAAUUCUGUUGUGGAAAACAAUAUCAAGUUUUCGGGGAGGAAUACUCUUCUGGAGAGAAACCAGAAACAGCUGCUGUAGUUUAAAUUGCUGAGGUGAUGCAAGCUGCUUACAUAUUUGCCUGUGGCUCUUUUAAUUUUUUUCAGUUUUAUUAACUUAUCCUUUUGGUUGAAUGGAUAUAAAAAUUCAUCUUAGCAUUUCUCAGCCUAAGGUAGAUGCUUUUGAAAAUAAAAGUCUGUUUUCUAUUCUUUCAUCCCACCGGCCACAUAAACUAGGAAGAAUAGGAUCUUAGUGAAGUUGCAUUGUAACAACUUGGUUUCAGCCACUAUUAUAAUUAGUUUGUUUCCAUUUUAAUUUUCACUAGAGGUUAAAAUCCUCAGAUCGAGAAAUGUCCUAUUUUAAAAUUUCACCAAAGCCAGUUUAUUUGGUUGAAGUACCUAAUUUCACUUUUCUGAACAUUUUUUUCUUCCACUUUAAAAUUUUUUUCUGUAUCUGCUUCUUGUUACCUUUUUCAGCAUAAAGUGUUAAAUGAUCCUUUUUUUUACUGUUUUGGGAGCUGAAGUGCAUAGUUAUUCAUGUAAGCAGGCCUGAAUGCAGGAAUCUUUAAAAGUGCAUUAACUUUUUCCACUACUUCAUAAGUAUCUCUGCCUUUUAACUGGAAACACUUUCUUGGGGAGGGACAAAACAGUUGUUUUAAUUACUGAUUUUUUUUUUUUUUCUCUCAGAGAUCAAAUGUAUGUUUUCUAGAGUUAAUAUAAAACCUUCUGGUUUUCUCCUUUUCAAAUUGAGUGAAUAGCAGUAUGGAGAAUGGGAUUAAGCGUGACAUGUUGUGUUUUAUUCCACACUUGAACAGAAGUUUCUUCAUCUUUGUUAUUUUUCACUUUCAUCAUAUUGAUGAAUUUGGACAUAACCUAAUUACCUCCAGUCUUUGUUUUUAAAAGGGCACAUAGUGGUAGCAGACAGCCUUAUUUACUACUGCUGGUCCUUCAGGAUGUUCCUGGAAGAUGAUGUUACCAUAAAGUACUGGAUUUUUUUUUUUCCAAAGGUAGUUCUAGUACAGAUUGGAGUUCUUUCUGUUGUCCAACAGUAAAGUCAUUACUUUCUUUCUGAGCAUUGCUCUGCAGCAUGGUGGUAAUUACUGAAACAGCUCAUGGUGUUGAAAUGCUGCAUGCAUCUUCUCUGCCUGAAUGUAGGCUGAGCUCAUCUAUCAGGUAUUGGUUAAAUAGUUCCUGCAGGGGUAAAUCUGUUGGUCUUUAUGAGCAGCACUGCUUCUGAAGUACUGAUAGGGACACAAGCUUUAUUUUAUGUUAAUUCACUUAAGUAGACCAUUAAAACUGCAUUGGUUGAAGAAAGGAGAAAGUCUCCAGUUUGCUGUAGUCAGAGGGAUGCUUGUCCAGAGGACAGUGGAUGUUAACAUGCUGAAAGGUGCUUCCUUCUGUGAGCUAAAUGUUUAUCCCACAUGCAGCACAAACCAAUUGUAUUGUGAAAUCCAUAUGGAAUUGAUAACUCAAAUAGCAUUGUUCAAACAAGCAGUUAAAAUAUUCAGGAAUACUUAAAGAAGUUACAAAAUGAAAUUGAGAUCCCAACCUAAUCUCUUUGUAAAUUCAGCCCAUGUAAAAGAUCUGUUGAGCUACUGUACGGUUCCUUUAUUUCUUUCUUCUUCAGUUCAUCCAUAGGGAUUUAAAGAUUUUCUACCACAACAGGCAGAACUAAUCCUGCAUAUUUUCUGCAGAUUUGUGUCGUGUGUUUGCCCUGUGCUGUCCUGUGAAGCAUUUCCUCUUCAUGUUCCUUACUGCCCUGACUAUCCUGUGUCUGGCUUUCCAGUUUCACCCAGCAUGUUUCAGGUGGACAGGAGGAAGGAGAAUAUUUGAACUCCACACAGGUUGUUUGCUGGGAUAACAAGGUAAACCAGCCACUGCUGAGCUCAGGGUGAAGCCUUUUCUCAGCAGCAGUUCUAGUUCAUAUCUGCUGCCCAGCUGAGGCUUGUGGGUUUAGCAGAGCAGGGUGGGAAUAUCCCCUUCCACAAAAUGUGCAGGACCACAGAGAGACUGGAAAAGUAAAGGAGCAAGUUCCCUUUCUGAAGGGAGUAAGACUAAGGACAUACUACCUUGUGAGAAAUGGGUGGCCUGUCUGGAGAAAUAAACAGCCUUUUCUUCAAAUGUCAGUUUUUGUUCUAAAGUGUCCUUGUGCAUAGACCUCUGAAUCUAUUUCUUUUGCCUUUAUAACAGCACUGCAAAGAAUUAUUUUUCUUUCCAGACAAGCUAGAAAAGUAUCAGGUUUUACAUUCUGUGAUUAUAACAGAGACCUGUUGUUCUCUGUUGAAUUGUAUUGCCAUAACCAUGAGCUGAUACCUCUGAAAUAAUUGGUUUCUAUCUCACUGCCUUCAGAAGCCUCAGUGGACAAGGUUGGAAUGUGAACAGUAUAAUUUUCAUGUACAAUAUUGUUGUUGUUAUGUUUCUAGGGUCCCAUACUGUUGUUACCGUAUUUCUAAACUCCCAUACCUCCUCAGUGUUUUCUUAUGGCUGCAAAUCUUCACAGGACAGACUCCUUCUUCUGCAUGCAUUUCCUGCUUAGUCAGGGCCCCUCCAAAGCCCUCCCUGACCAGCCAGCCCACCCCCUUUUAUCCCAGUUAUCUUCACUACCACAGCUGCCACCCACUGAAGGACAUCGCAGCUGCAGCCCAUCAAGAACAGCCGGGACUUACCAGGCAAGGCCUAUAUACAGGUAUUCAAGUUCAAUACAGAUAUUUUACUAGGACUCAAAAGCCACCUAUACUAUACAAUAUUACACUAAUAUUAGUAGUCUGCUAUUUCACUCUCAGGUCUUUGUGCUUUGAGAAAGUAUUUGCUGAGUUUGAGAAUUUUUGCAGCCCAAGGAGACUGUAUUUCAGAUGGAGAGACUUCCUGAGGCACAGCUACAUGGGCUUACUUAGGCCAUGCAGAUUAUUUCUCUGUGGUUUGGUUUCUGAAAGAUGUUUCUUGAUUUUCUAAAACCUAAAAGCUUUCCUUGGCACCACAGUGAUUUAAAUUACCCAUCUAAAAUUUUUGAACUAUUUUCUUGAAAUUGCUAGGCAGUGUAUGUGGGAGUGUCCCCAUGUGUGACAGAAUAACAUUUUAACUUUGUGGUUAAGUGUGAUUUCACUUAAGAAAGUGAUUAAUAUGAUUUCACUUCAGGAAAGAUUGACAAUGGCAAGAAGUUACUUUCUGAUCACUAGUGUUAAUCAGAGGAUAGUAUUAGUGUUUGUUUGCAGAGGAGAGUAUUAAUCUUUGUUUGCAGAAAAAGAGCAAUUUUAAUCUUCUUUUACUCCCAAUUAAUUUUUGCAGUCUGUGUUAUUUAAGAGAUUACAUUCUGGUGAUUAUACCAUCUCAUUUUGUGGAAGCUCUUUUCACAGUACUUUUGCCUUUAAGGACACUGUCUUUGCUUUGCUUUGGUGGGGGUGUAUAUUAAAAAUCACUUUUUCUUCAGCUGUUACCAUUUGAUCUGUCAUGCUUGCAGAAGUAUAAAUGUCAGUAUUUAAGUAGCUGAUAGACCUGUUAUAAAUGCUUUGUUAUCUGAGCAGGGUGUUUUGUCUUUGUAUGACAGAAAAGUGUGGGUUAUUUCUCUGCUGUACCUGUUACUGAUGCUGAUAGUGCACGCACAGAUAAAAAUAGACCCCUCAAUACAGGACCACUGGGAAAGGCAGUCUUUGUCUUUUUUCUGUCAAGAAAUCUUCUGUGGAACUCCAAAAGUGUAAUUUGCUUUGUUUUACCAUAUUGUAUUUAAAAUACUCCACAAAUGUUGUUAAUAGUCUAAAAGAAUUAAAUAUUGCUGCUGGACAGUAUGCUCCACUUAAAACCUGUGAAUGUUUCACUUUGCAAUUAUAGAUACUUGUGUUCCUAAUGGCAGAUAAAAGUUGGUGAUUUGUCUGGAAUGGUCACCAUAUGGAUUUGUUUCUUAAAUACCUUCUUUGAAGUGCCUUUGACCAAUUUUUAGCAUCAAAAUUAAGUUGAGAAUUGAAUAAAUAAAAUAAGUUAUCUCAUA